AUGGGCGGCUCGGCUUUUGCUGCAGAUGGAGUGUCCACGCCACGAAUGCCUCCAACAGUCUACAAUUCAGUCCUGGCUCAGGCUGAGGGGAUCCUCAAGAAGCAUUUCAAACUGGUGGGCCAUCCCAUCGAAGGUCCCGCGAAAUCAUCCCACGGAGACAUCGACAUCCUGGUUGCUGAACCUGUGGAAGGGCAGGUGGUAGACGGACGUGCAACGGGAGACCUUCUAGCCCAGCUUUUCGGAGCGAAGACUUGGAAGAAGAUGGGUGGGAACUCUACCUACAAUCUUGCACUGCCAUGGCCGGAUGAGUUCAAAGACGAUGCGGUACAAAGAGAAGGCAACCAUGAUAUAGGUCAUCAGCAGCACUCGGCCCACGACAUGCGGAGCCACGAUCUCAAGUCAAAACCAAGGCCAGACAGCGACAACAAUACGCUGGGUACCACUCAGGAGGCAACGGAUCGUAGUGUGACUGCAGACGCUUCAACAUCCUCAGUGGAAUCCCAAGAGUCUUCGGUGUGCCUCAGAAAGCUCACAUGGCCGCGUAAAGCCACCCCAGAGAAGUACAUUCAAGCCGACAUCAAUAUCAUGCCCACUGCAGCUGAUUUCGAUUGGCACAUGUUCUUUCAGGCCCAUGGCGACUUGUGGAGCAUGCUCGGAGGCAUCAUUCGGCGAUUCGGUCUUACAGUCUCGUCCAAAGGCCUGUGCGUGCGGAUAGCAGAGGUCGAGAAGCACAACAAGGAUCAGGCAAGGGUGCUGGCUACAAAUAACCCGGAUACGGUGCUAGAGUACUUGGGUCUGGACAAGGGACGGUACUGGCAGCGGUUCAACAGCUGGGACGAGAUGCUGGAGUACGUGGCCAGCUGCAGAUUCCACAAUCCCGCCCAAUGGAAGUCCCGCUGUCAGUACGGAGACAAUGGGGAGAGCCAAGGAGAGCAAGGAAAUGGCAUGGAAAGCAAAGCGCCAACCAAGCUGUUGAAAGCCAACGACCGCCAACGCGCUGCAAAAAGACCUCUAUUUGGAUACUGGAUCGAGACUUAUCUUCCCAUGCAUGUUGAUGACGCACCGGGCAAAUCUGCGUUACUAACGCGAGAAGAGGUCGUCGACGACGCAAAGCAAUUUUUUGGUCCUCAAUUCGCAGAGAAGUUCGAAGCUAAGAGGAGCGAAAUGGUCCGAGUGAUUGGAACCGAUAGACUGUGGGCCACCAUCAGGAAGGAGCUGCCAAUCGAAGGCACGGAGGUCGGAUGGGUAAUGAAAGGCAUGAAGAGGGAGAUUGUGGGCAAGCAUGGCCACUCACUCUCAACCGAAGCCGUUGAAGGCCUAGAAGAGGCGAGACAGGCGUUCGAGGACUGCAGAUUUGACGAUGUCUUGGAAUGGGCCAGGCCCAACUGGAAAGAAAUUGGUCGGAGGCAGAAGGAACUAGACCAGCAGCAAAGCAGAACACGUCUCUUGGACAAAUUCAACAGGGAGGAGGGUGCUCAGGGAGGAGCCGCCCUCGAAACAAGAUGCAAGACAAUGAGUAGUGGCAAUAACGGCUGA